AGUCAGCUUUCUCCCCCUCGGUGUGACAUCACCGCUGGACAAAUCAGCAAGGAGGGGUUUCUGAGGAGAACCAAAUCUAUGGAACACACCCACAACUAAAAAGCUUCAUAUCCGCCCUUCAGACAAAGUACGAGCACAUCUGCAGCAGUUCUACCGAGCUUCGUCGUGAGAGGAAUGAACCACCCCGGAGAAUAACAUCUGCUGCUACAUACAGAGGAAAGACUCCCCGCCGCUGGACUAAGUCCCGCCCUCCUAAUAUGCGCCGCGUCUGAAGAAGUUGACCUGCGGUUCGAACCCACGCUGGAAAACCAUGCUGUCCCUUCUACUUCCCGCAUUGCUGGCCAUCCAAGCUCUGGCCGUGACGGAACUGCGAGUCCCGGAGCAGCCGGUGGUGGCGCUUCACGGCAGCAACGCCUCACUCCACUGUUCCUUCAGCCACUUCCAGCCCUUCAACCUGUCCGACCUGACCGUCAUCUGGCAGCUGACGGACACCCAGAGCAAUGUGCACGCUUACUUGGGGGGGCGCGACCAUCUGGCGGAGCAGGCCGAGAGGUUCGCCAACCGCACCGCCCUAUUCCCCGCUCAGCUGCGCCUCGGCGACGCUUCGCUCCUGCUCAGCAGGGUGGUGGUGGCGGAUGAGGGCAGCUACACCUGCUUCGUCAGGGUGCAGGACUACGGCAGCGCGGCUCUGCUGCUGCAGGUGGCCGCCCCGUACUCCAAGCCUGUGCUGACUCUGCAGCCUAAAUCCAACCUGCGACCAGGUGACGAGGUGGCCCUGACCUGCGUGGCCUAUGGCGGCUAUCCCGAAGCCAGCAUGAUGUGGCAAAACGGGGGCGGGCGCAACCUGACGGACAACGUCACCACUUCAUCGGUGGCCAAUGAGGACGGGCUUUUCUCGAUGACCAGCGUGCUGACCGUCGUGCUCGAACCCAAUAGCACCUACAGCUGCCAACUGGUCAAUCCGCUGCUGGGCGAGGAGGGCAACGCCUCCGUCACAAUCACAGGUCAGAACAUUGCGUUCCCCCCGGUGGCUCUGUGGGUAACUGUUGGCCUGGCCGUGUGUCUGCUGGUGCUGCUAGUUGCCCUGGCUGCUGUCUGCCGCAGGAAGAUCAAGGAGAGCUGCGAGGAGGCCAGGAGAGAAGCUGAAGAGGCCAAGGAACUGGAGGAAGAGGAGUCAAAGACAGCCAUGACGCUACUGAAUAGCUAAGGCAGAGAAAAUACCGGACCCGGUGCCAGACGGUGCGGAGGAGAUGAGUCUGGCAGGUAAUCCCACUCCAUCUAUCCAUCAACCGGGAGACUAUUUCCAGCGUCCCCUACAGAAUGUCAAAGCCUCGCGGAGCGGCAAGAUGAGUCCAUCAUCCUCUUUCUAAGACUUUCCCCUCAAGUUUCCAUCAAAACCUACAAACGCAUCAUGUGCCGUUAUCUUCCAUUGCCCUCGCUCCCCUUUCCCGCCGAUGGAGGGUCACGGCGGCAAGUGAGCCCAGUUGAGUGGUGGCGCUCCACGCGGGCUUGAAAACACACAAGGGUCAUUUCUUCGGCGAUGACAUCAGUCCGUAUGGGCUUUCGGUGGGGCACGUGCCAGAGAUGUCCUGUCUAAUAGGAAGUGCGACAAUUCAAGAGAUGACCCUGCCACAGUUGCCAUUGCUGCCUCUCUGCCAAAGAGAGAGAGAGAGCUCGGCUCUCCCAUUACUCUUGCACUUGCUAAUUAGCGUCUGCCGCUGGAGUAACUUGUACCUGUCAGUGUGUGCCGCUCUCCUAUAUUCAGUAACUUGAGGGAAUUGAAAUUGAAUGCCAGUUAAGCUCCAACAAAAUGCAAAUGGUGCAUGGGAUACACCCUGAUUCUCUCCCUGACCCGACAGCCUUAUGUGUUAGAUUUUUUUUUUUUUUUUUUUAAAUGAACACAGUAUCUCAGCGAGUUUAUACUGCCAGUGUGGAAUGUUUCAUCUAUUGCAAACAAGAGGACAUACUGAUUGUUUUAUUGCUUUUUUGUUUUUUUUAUAUGUACUCAAGCAAAUCCCUGUGCCACAUGUCCUCGUAUGAA